GUUGCUUGUACAGGUGAUGGGCAUCAGCGUUGGGCUCUGGCUGCUAUUGGUCUUCUGUGGUCAGGGCUGGGUAGAUGGCCAGGAGCCUGCCUGUCGUCUACAGUGGAAGACUGUGUCUAAUAGUCUCUACAAGGAGGGAGAUGUGGUCAUAGGGGGACUGUUUCCUGUUCAUAUCAUGGCACCUAAGCCUGAUCUGACUUUCAAAGGGCAAAUGAGCAACGCUACAUGUCAGAAGUUCAUCUUACGGAACUAUCGCUGGCUGCAGACUAUGGUGUUUACCAUUGAGGAGAUUAACCGUAACCCUGGCUUGCUGCCAAACCUCACCCUGGGGUACCUGGCAUUUGACUCCUGCCUGGAGGAGCAGACGACAGUUGGUGCAGCGCUGGCCAUGGUGACGGGGCAGGACGCUGCUUUGUGGGGUUCCAGCUGCACUGGCACCCCUCAGGUGCCUGUCAUCAUCGGUGAUGCCAGGUCGUCUGGCUCCAUUGCAGUUGCUCGGACUCUGGGUAUUUUUGACAUCCCCAUGGUCAGCUACUUUGCCUCCUGUGCAUGUCUAAGUGACAGACGGAAGUACCCAACCUUUUUUCGCACAGUCCCCAGCGAUGCUUUCCAGUCUAAAGAACUCGCUCGUCUGCUGCAGCUGCUGGGCUGGGAAUGGAUCGGACUGGUGUUUGGAGAUGACGACUAUGGCCGUUACGGGGCACAGCUGCUCUUGGAUGAGCUGCAGGGCUCAGACGUCUGUGUCGCCUUCAGCCAAGUCAUCCCCAAAGCCCACACCCCCUGGCGGAUAAGACACAUUGUGGAGACCAUUCGUCUGUCUACAGCAAGGGUGGUGGUGAUCUUUGCCAUCGCCAAAGAUGCCAAAGUGCUCCUGGAGGAAGUGGUGAGGCAGAACAUCAGUGACAGGCAGUGGAUUGGCUCAGAGGGCUGGGUUACAACUUUCGACAUUUCAACCCCUCAGAAUUUGCCCUCACUGGUGGGGACACUGGGCUUUGCCCUGAGGAAGGCCCAAAUCCCUGGCUUGGGCCCCUUCCUCACCCGCAUCAAGCCUGCGGGGUCGAAGACUGAGCCGUUUGUAAGAGAGUUCUGGGAGACGCUGUUUGAGUGCUCACUAGAGGGAAAUCCCUCCUCCAGGGCCGACAGGCCCCAGUGCACGGGGACAGAGAGCAUAGAGGAGAAGGCCAGCUCAUACUCGGAUGUGACUCAGCUGGGAGUGAGCUUUAAUGUGUACAAGGCUGUGUAUGCUGUUGCCCAUGCCAUUCAAGACAUGCUUGCUUGCCAACCAGGGCAGGGGCCAUUUCAAAAUGGGAAGUGUCCCAACAUCAAUAAGAUUAUGCCAAAACAACUCCUUCACUACCUAAAGAGGGUGAAUUUUACAGCACCUCUGGGAGACAUUGUAAACUUUGAUGUAAAUGGAGACCCUUCUGCAUCUUAUGACAUCAUCAACUGGCAAAUAGGUCAUGGGGGCACGGCUGAAUUUGUGAAGGUGGGACAGUAUGACUCACAUCAGAAACUCCAGCUGGACCUCUCUAAAGUUGUGUGGGGUGGUGGUUGGACCAACAAGGUGCCUGUAUCAGUAUGCAGUGCCCCUUGCACCCCUGGCACCUGGAGGGCUCUGCAAAAGGGAAAACCUGUUUGCUGUUUUGACUGUAUUCGAUGCCCAGAUGGGGAAAUCAGCAAUGAAACAGGUGCGACAGGAUGCACAAGAUGUCCAGAGCACUUUUGGUCCAACAACCUGAGGACAGAAUGUAUCCCAAAGCAAGAAGAGUUUCUCUCUUUCCAAGAGCCAAUGGGGAUCAUUCUGACAGUGCUCUCGAUCUCCGGGGCGAUGCUCACAUGUGCUGUCCUUGGGACAUUCAUCCACCACAGGGACACACCUCUGGUUCGUGCCAACAACUCGGAGCUGAGCUUCCUUCUGCUGCUCUCCCUCAUCCCCUGCUUCCUGUGCGCCCUAGCCUUCAUUGGCCGACCGCUGUCCUGGUCCUGCAUGCUGAGACACACCCUCUUUGGGGUGAGUUUUGUGGUGUGCAUAUCAUGCAUCCUCAGUAAGACGGUGGUGGUCCUUGUGGCCUUCCGUGCCACUCUGCCAAGCAGCAACCUGAUGCGCUACUUCGGGCCGGCACAGCAGAGGAUUGGUAUCUGCUUGAGCACCUUGAUCCAGGGGCUGGUGUGUGUGCUGUGGCUUACACUGGACCCUCCGCUCCCCACUACAAAUAAAGCCACCGUCCACAGCGCCAUAGUAGUCCUGGAGUGUGCAGCCCUCUCUCUGGCUGGGUUUGCUGCUUUGCUGGGCUACAUUGGGCUGCUGGCAACUGUCUGUUUCUUACUCGCUUUCUUUGCCAGGAGGCUCCCUGAUCAUUUUAAUGAGGCCAAGUUCAUCACCUUCAGCAUGCUGAUCUUUUGCGCCGUGUGGAUAGCGUUCAUACCAGCCUAUGUGAGCUCGCCAGGAAAGUACACUGUGGCCGUGGAAAUUUUCGCCAUCCUGGCCUCCAGCUAUGGGCUGCUCCUGUGCAUUUUUGCACCAAAAUGUUACAUCAUUCUGUUCCGGCCACAAAAAAAUACCAAGAAGAACAUGAUGGCCAAAUAACAAUGCACUCUGUGUUGUUCUUAUUGUCUUUCAGUCUCUUUCAUCUGUC